AUGGCACCGUCCGCUAUCACUCCGCCGGCCAUUGAGGUCAAGUCCCUCAGGGUCCCGGUGUCCAGCAUGCCGGUAGAUGCGUCCAGCAUCGGCACCAAGCGGAAGAUCAUCUGCUUCUCAGACUUCGACGGCACGAUCUUCAUGCAAGAUACCGGCCACAUCCUCUUCAACAACUUCGGCUGCGGUAACGAAAGGCGCGCGGUACUCGAUGCACAGAUCCACAGCGGCGAGCGCUCUUUCCGGGAGGUAUCCGAGGAGAUGUGGGGUUCUCUCGACGUCCCCUUCGAGUCUGGUUUCGAAGUCAUGAAGACGGCGCUGGACAUCGACCCGGACUUCCAAACUUUCCACAGGUUCUGCAUAAACAACAGCAUCCCAUUCAACGUAAUCUCCGCCGGUCUUAAGCCAGUCCUGAGGCGCGUUCUUAACCACUUCCUCGGUGAAGCCGAGUCCGCCCAUAUUGAUAUUGUCGCCAACGAUGCCACCAUCUCAGCCGACGGUCAUGACUGGAAGCCCGUAUGGCGUCACGAGAACGAGCUUGGCCACGACAAGGCUCUUUCCAUCAACGAGUACAAGGACACGGCCAAGCUCGAGUCCGACGACGGCACGAUUCCCAUGAUCGUAUUCAUCGGUGAUGGCGUCUCCGACCUGCCAGCUGCUCGCGAAGCCGACGUCCUCUUCGCUCGCAAGGGUCUCAGGCUUGAGGAGUACUGCCUGGAGAACAAGCUGGCCUACAUUCCCUUUAACACCUUCGCGGACAUCCAGCGCGAGGUCAUCAAGAUUGCCAAGAUCGACGACGAGAAGACGAAGGGCAAGGGCUUGCCGAGCAACUUCAACCCCCGCGCCAACCUUUGGAGGCGUGUGUCGAGCAAAAGGGCAGUGCCGUUGCUGGCAGCUUUCACCCCGAGGGAGGAGAAGAUGUUUACAUGGCCCGAGACCUUCACCACCCUAACGCCGACGGUCGAGAAGCCGGCUCUGACCGUUCCCGCUGCUUAA